AUGCUAUCCCCGCCGCGACCCUGCAUUGAGCGGCCAUGGCCUCAUGGUCAUAUGGCAAGAGAUGCUGAAGGACAACUUGACGGCCUUCAUGCAAUGGAUAUCGAGAGCCUUGUUGAUCGCUUAGCCAGGAGGAAUGCGUUCCUCAUUGGUCUUGUUCGUUGGUACCGACGAUUGCAUCCCACGCGACCUCACGGCUUCACCAUCAAUGCCUUCAUCGUUGACGGAGUCACGCAGCCUGUUCCGGCACCAUACUUCCCCAUACUUCUCGGUAGUUGGCGUCUCAUGGCCUGUCUCAUAUUCUGCAACUCGAUUGUCGUCUAUUCUUUUAUCUUCUACUCUGUCUGGUCCAGUCCUAGCCUUGUCAUCACCUCCGUUUUAAUAGUCCAGGUCAUUGCCUUCAUCUUUAGGACACUUGGGAUAGGAAGCGGCACUUUCACAAUCGGAUCGCUGCUUUCUAGUGUCGGCCAUUACUACGCCACAAGUUGUCUAGUCUUCGUGUCGAAGGUAUCUUCGUUUUGGCCUUCCAUCUGGUCAUACUUCUGGUUCACCUACUCCCUGUUCGCCAUCCGUCGACGACGUUUCUCUCAAAACUAUCAUGAAGCUUGGAAAUUGAAGUACCCUGGGCACUUCAUUCCCGUCUUCAUCGGACGGCCCGACUGCGUUCGUAUUCCACUUCCAGGUCCAGACGAACCUGGGAUGGAUGACCUUCAGAUGUGGAAACAUCUCUCCUUCUUCUAUCGUUUGGACAGGAUCGAGGGCGGAUUCUCCCAGGUCCUGCUCCCGAAGGCCCUGAUUAGAUUCGAGAUCGUAGAGAUCACAGACGAUAUUUACAAGGGACCACUAGUGUCCGUCUUCGAUGUCCCCCAGCGAAUCUUGAGGCUGGUAGAGAAUGAGACUCCGACCAGUGUACCGGCUGGUCAUGAUCCUCGUAGGGACAUACGGGAGCUGCGACGCGCUUCUGUCUACCGGGACCUUGCCCAAGCAGACUCGCUCAAGGGAUUGAGGUUCGUGGUUGGAUGGGAUACCACUCUGAUUUCGAUAGUCGUUCUGCUGCCGACUAUCAUUAGUAUUGCCACUGCCGUGGCCUGGCCAAUUGUUGCGGUUCUGAAGUAUGAGGCAGAUGUGCAGACAAGCGUUCAGACUGGAGUGACUGUGGGCAGCUUUAUCGUCACAGCCGGAGCUCUUUUGAUAGGUCUGGUUACACUCUUUGACGCUCUUGCUAAGUGA